CAUCAAUUUAGUAACUUAACCCUCCAACUUCCCGCCAUCUUAUUAUAUCUCCUGGCAAAUCCUACUCUACCGUUAUCUUCACGUCUGCGCAUUGCUAUUUGUGCUGGUUGUUCUGUGGGAACACUGAAAACCGGUCUUGAUCUUGCGGACGCGCAACGCCUCGUCGAUAUCACCCACGUCCAGUUUCGAAAACCAUACCCAGAUUCCUCCAAAUAUCGGAUAUAAUCGCGUUCCUAGGUGCUACCAAAAGCUAUGGAGGUUACUCCAACCCCUCCCGGGCCCGAUCAAAUUGUGCGAAAUUCCGCGAAACGAACCCGUGAUCUCUUCGGCUCUGAUUAUCUGUUACCAUCAGGAUUCGCCAAAAAUGCAGGCGACUCGAUUGCUUUGUCAUAUCGACGAAAAAUAGAGUACGAUGAUGUUCAAACGCUCCCCCCUUUCAUUGCGGAAAAGCAGGCAAAGGCUGCGGCGGGUAGAACGAAACGUCUAAAAUCGAGGACUGGUGCUGGCACAGCUGGGACUGGGACGGGGCAGGGAUCUGACUCUUCAACUGCUCUCGUGAAAUCUUCGCCGGUGGCUGGUACACAACAAUCUAAUGGAGAUAAUAUGCCUACAAGCCUUGUACGGCGGCCAAUGGUAUCUCAACAGCCAAAGCCAGAGUGGCACGCGCCCUGGAAACUUAUGCGGGUGAUAUCAGGACACUUGGGUUGGGUUCGCAGUUUGGCCGUGGAGCCUAAUAAUCAAUGGUUUGCAAGUGGUGCCGGGGAUCGAACAAUUAAAAUAUGGGAUUUGGCGACUGGCAGCCUUCGUUUGACCCUUACCGGCCACAUUUCUACGGUGAGAGGUCUGGCCGUAUCCCCACGACAUCCGUACCUUUUCUCUUGCGGUGAGGAUAAGAUGGUCAAGUGUUGGGAUCUCGAAACAAACAAGGUUAUCCGACAUUACCACGGCCAUUUAAGCGGAGUCUACACCCUCGAUUUGCAUCCCACCCUGGACGUCCUUGUAACAGGAGGACGAGACGCCGCCGCUAGAGUCUGGGACAUGCGAACACGAAGCAACGUCCACGUGCUAUCCGGGCAUAGAACAACUGUCUCAGACCUAAAAUGUCAAGAAGCCGAUCCACAAGUCAUCACCGCCUCCCUCGACUCAACCGUGAGAAUGUGGGAUCUUGCCGCUGGCAAAACCAUGGGUGUCCUAACGCACCAUAAGAAGGGCGUUCGCGCAUUGGCUGUCCAUCCGAAGGAAUUCACAUUCGCCAGUGCCAGUGCUGGAAGCAUUAAACAGUGGAAAUGCCCCGAAGGCGCAUUUAUGCAGAAUUUCGAGGGCCAUAAUGCCAUCAUCAACAACCUUGCGGUUAACGAGGAUAACGUGUUGUUUUCUGGUGGGGACAAUGGCUCUAUGUCUUUUUGGGACUGGAAAACUGGCCAUCGGUUCCAGUCACUGGAUACGACAGCUCAACCUGGUUCGUUAGAUGCGGAGGCUGGUAUUAUGGCUGCUACUUUUGACCGGACGGGGCUCCGGUUGCUUUGUGGAGAAGCAGAUAAGACUAUUAAGAUCUGGAAGCCGGAUGAUGAAGCUACAGAAGAGACACAUCCGUUGGAUUGGAAGCCGACGCUGGGGAGGCAGAAAUAUUAAUUGUGGGAGUUUUCUCUUGUAUUGGGAUAUAUUUUUUCUUUUAUUUUUACAAAUACUUGUAUCCUACAAUACCUUCUUGUCAUGCAUUUUUCUGGCGUUGCGCACUUCUUUCGGAUGGUGUUUCGAGGUUCGUUUGGAUGAUUUAUCAGAGGAAUAUAAGCUUGUUUUCCUAAUGCAUCAUUUACUAGAAUAGUGUAAACCCGUAUGUUAACAAGGUACUUCUACGUGUUCAUCUACUUAAACAGGAGCUCCAACCGUCCGUCUACCCAUUCUAUACCCGAGCUGUUAUCGCUGAACAAUAUGUAUAAUAAAAUCAUGUAACACCCCAAGUAUGCUCCUCUAAAAAACCUCAAACGAAAUAUAUUCACUGCUCAAAGCCUAACCCCAACAUCUUCGCCUCCUCAUCCUCCCGAAAUGCAGCCCUCACAUCCUCACUCGCAAUCCUCAACCUGACCUUCCCGCUCCUAUCCCCUCCUCCUAACGCAUGUCCCAACCCGGAACCGCUCCCCUUAACACUCGACUCCCCUUCCAGCGCCAAAAUGCCAGAAUUCAUCAGCUCCACAGCAGCAAACCGCAUCGCGCAAACGUGUGAUCUGCGCAUGUCGCUUCCCUUCUGCAACAAAUACUCCCUCAAGUUGUUGCUGGCGGCACCAGCGACUGCGACUGCUGCGUCAGCGAUUCGCUUUGCUUCGUCAAGGAUGUCCCCGAAGGUCGAUUCAGUUAUGCCUGUUCGGCGGAUGCGGGCUAGUAGGCCUGCGAGGAAUACCUUGCCGGUUAGUGGGAGGCAGCGGAGGGACUGUUGGAGAGGUGUGGAGGUGGCUUCUUGGAUGGCUUGUUUGAUAGUGGCGAUGGUGACACGUGGGAGGGGGUCUGGUUCGGUUUCUGAGAUCGGGGGUAGCUUGUUUUGGGCGGGUCCUGCGAUACGGUUUCGGCGCGAUACACUUUUGCUUGGUGUUGGAGGGAGGGAGCUUGUGUCCAUGUCAUCCAUAUCUAUGCCAUUCGCGUUGGACAGCGUUAGGGCUGAUUUCAGCUUGGCCUUUGCUGCAGCUUCACUGGCUUGUUCUGCUAUCUCCACCGCUCUGCGGCAUAUGUCAAGGGCACGUCGUGCGUCUCCACUGACUGCGGCAACUUUACGGCUUGCGAAUUGAACGGCGUCUGGGUCAACGAUGUUCCCCGGCACGUUACUGAGGCGAGACCCAAUAAUUUCCAUUAACUCCUGGUGCUUAUAACCGGAAAAUGUGAUUCGAGUCAAGCCUAGACGACUUGAUAUUUUGUUGCUCAGCGUUCUUUCGGGCAGGUCCAUCGUGUUGGCGACAGCUAACACAAUCAAAUGGGAAUAUCGCAAUGCCGGCCAAUUGAAAAAAUUAUACAUAACCGAUUGGUUUUUAGUAACAAGCUGGUCUAGUUCGUCCAUCAAGACAACGCAUGGUACUCGACGAGGGGAUGGGUGAGAAAACUCCCUUUCCAGAAGAUCAAGUGCAUGAGAUGGUGACACUCGAUCACCCUUCAGAGCCUCCCAGAGCAAUGAAUAGGACUGGUGCGGGUCUGUAACCUUCAUGCCGUUAAUCUCAACAAAGACAAAAUCGUCUAAUUCUUCUGCG